AUGCCUGGAGCGGUCAAAGGCCCGCGCACCCUCUACGAUAAGGUCUUGCAAGACCACAUAGUAGAGGAGAAGGAAGAUGGCACCAUCCUGCUGUAUAUCGACAGACAUCUUGUCCACGAAGUCACGUCUCCCCAAGCCUUCGAAGGGCUCAAGAACGCGAAGCGGAAAGUGCGCAGGCCAGACUGCACUCUCGCGACUACAGACCAUAAUGUUCCCACAACCCCCCGCAAGAAUUUCAAAAACGUCGAACAAUUCGUAGAAGAGGCCGACUCGCGACUACAAUGCAUGACUCUCGAAGACAACGUCAAGGACUUCGGUCUCACAUACUUCGGCAUGGGCGACGCGCGGCAAGGCAUCGUACACAUUAUCGGACCGGAGCAGGGCUUCACGCUUCCAGGCACGACGGUCGUGUGCGGCGACAGCCACACCUCCACACACGGCGCUUUCGGCGCAUUGGCUUUUGGUAUCGGGACUAGCGAGGUGGAACACGUUCUCGCGACGCAGACUCUGAUCACGCAGAGGAGUAAGAAUAUGCGUGUGCAGGUGGACGGAGAGCUUGCGCCCGGUGUGAGCAGUAAAGAUAUCAUCCUGCACGUAAUCGGGAAAAUCGGUACCGCGGGAGGUACCGGCGCUGUAAUUGAAUUCUGUGGCUCCGCCAUUCGGGCUCUCAGCAUGGAGGCGCGGAUGUCGAUUUGCAACAUGUCGAUUGAGGGCGGAGCAAGAGCUGGCAUGGUUGCACCGGAUCAGACGACAUUCGAGUACCUGAAAGGGAAGCCCUUAGCACCAAAGGUCGACAGCCCGAUGUGGAAGAAGGCUGUAGCGUAUUGGUCGACGCUCAAGUCUGAUGAGGGUGCGAGCUACGACACCGAAGUCUUUAUAGAUGCCAAAGACAUCGCACCCACAGUGUCAUGGGGCACCUCUCCACAAGACGUUGUACCGAUCACUGGUGUUGUGCCGGGUCCCGACGACUUCCAGGACGAGGCAAGACAACGAGCAUGCGUCAAAUCGCUUGAGUACAUGGGUCUCGAAGCUGGCACACCAAUGCAGGACAUCGUGCUCGACAAGAUCUUCAUCGGCUCCUGCACCAACGCCCGAAUCGAAGAUCUGCGCUCCGCAGCGCGCGUCGUAAAAGGCAAGAAGAUAGCACCGAAUCUCAAGCGCGCAAUGGUCGUGCCCGGCUCUGGCCUUGUAAAGAAACAAGCCGAAUCCGAAGGCCUCGACAAGAUCUUCGUUGACGCUGGCUUCGAAUGGCGGGAAGCAGGCUGCUCGAUGUGCCUAGGCAUGAACCCUGACAUCCUCUCACCAAAGGAGCGUUGCGCCAGCACCUCGAACCGCAACUUCGAAGGCCGACAAGGCGCCGGCGGCCGCACCCAUCUCAUGUCCCCCGUCAUGGCCGCCGCCUGCGCCCUCGUCGGCAAGCUCGCCGACGUGCGCAAAAUCGCCGACUGCAAAGGCUCCGCACAAGCCAAAUCCGCGCCAAAAGUCGAGCUGGACCCGCAAGUCGACGACCCGGAAAGCGACUCCGACCUCAUCGAGAUCAUGGACCUGGACGAGAAGUCGCAGGGCAACACGGUCCCCUCCAAAGCGCCCGCCUCCUCGGCCGGCAUGCCCAAAUUCACACAGCUGAAGGGCAUAGCCGCGCCUAUGGAAGUCUCGAAUAUUGACACCGACGCCAUCAUCCCGAAGCAGUUCCUCAAGACCAUCAAGCGGUCUGGUCUGGGCUCCGCGCUCUUCCACGCCUGGCGCUUCGACUCGGAGACGGGCGAAGAAAUCCCGGAUUUCGUGCUCAACAAGGAGCCCUACCGGCACGCCAAGAUUCUCGUCUGCACUGGCCCGAACUUCGGGUGCGGCAGCUCGCGCGAACACGCGCCGUGGGCGCUGCUCGACUUCGGCAUCACGUGCAUCAUCGCGCCGAGCUUCGGCGACAUCUUCUUCAACAACACCUUCAAGAACGGCAUGCUGCCCGUGCGCAUCACCGACUCAGCCGCGCUGGCUCGGAUAGCAGAUGAGGCGAAGGCCGGGCGGGAGAUCGAGGUUGAUCUCGAAGCGCAAACCAUCAAGGAUGCCGAGGGCAAGGGGCUCGCGACGUUUGAGGUAGAGAGCUUCAGGAGGCAUUGUUUGGUUAAUGGCCUCGAUGAUAUUGGGCUUACGAUGCAGAUGGAGGAUAAGAUCAGGAGGUUUGAGGAGAGGAGGACCAGGGAUACGCCGUGGUUGGAUGGGAGCGGGUAUUUGAAAAGGAAGGGGCCGACGAAGGUUGAGGCUGCGCCGGUGCCGAAGACGAACAGGGGGGAGGUUAAGGAGGAGCCGCUUGAGUGGUGA